AUGGACCGCCCCCGGUCCAAACGAGGCAAGAGAGCCAAAGCCUGCGACGCUUGCUUUCGCAGCAAACUCGCCUGUGACGGGAGCUCACCGUGUGCUCGGUGCCACUCUCGUGGAAUGACCUGCGUCUACACAAGGGUCCACGGCGCCAUCACCAACGCUACCACCGACCCACCAGCAGCUGCUCCGAGUACCAGCACUGUACUAAAAACACCCGCUUCUCCACAAGAUGACAGCACCAAGAUCCCCGUAGCCUUUCUCCUCAGUCUCACCAACCCCAAAGCCGGCUCGAUGCUCGAAGCCUUUCUCGGAGAGCCCAGCCGCGGCGACGAGCUCCCCAGCGCCGAACUCCAACCCGACAUCCCCCUCCACCCAGACCCCUACCAAAGCACCGCCAUCAGCGACGGCUUCUUCCUCACCUGGCUCUUCGACCAACCACACCCCGACGCCACCACCAGCAACACCACGUUCCCCUUUCCCCCCUCCCCCCGACCACACAACCCCCCACCUCACCGUGCCCACCCCCCGGAAUUGACCCCACCCUCCAACCGCUCCUCACCGAGAUCCGAACCCUGCACCGCACCCUCACCACCACCCCGACCACCACCAACCCCCCCCUACAAUGGGACCUACGACGCCGCCCCUCGCCACCCAGGUCUUCACGCGCGCCCACCCGCGACGCCUUCGUGCCCACCUAACUUCCGCCUACACGCACCGGCCACCUGCCGCUCGUGCACCGGCCGAGCUUUCGACCCGAAGAACUUCGCCGGUCCGCCGUUGCCGGUUGGCCGUGUUUUGUUGUGUGGUGCGCUGUAUGCCCCGCCGAGGGAUUGUGUGCUGGCGGUGAGGGGGUUUUUUGCGGUCGUGGAGGAGUGGGUGUUUAGGCGGUUGGAGGGGUUGGUGGAGGGGGUGGAGGGGGGUGGUGGUGGUGGUGGUAUUGGGGAGGAUGGGGAGAGGGAGAUGGAGUUGUAUGGCACGUUUCAGGCCGCGCUGCUGAUCCAUGGCGCGCAGUUCAUCAUGAAUAAUCCGGCGUUGAGAGAGCAGGGCGUGGGCGACCCAGAAAGGCCGGCGCUGGUGGUGGCGGCUCGGAGGCUUGGGUUGACGAGAGGCGCGGCAUGCGUGCCAUGUGGCGUUGCUAACAACGAAAGAAUCGUCACUUGGACUUUCAUCGGCGACUGGCAACAGGGCGGAGUGACGCACCAGCCCGGGCUUGCGACAAUCCACGAGAUGACGGGUGACCUGCCCUCGCUGCCGGAUCUGUGGGAGGCCAAUAAUGCUACUGAGUUUGAGGCGGCUAUAGCUGCCAACGGACCAAACUGCUGGCGGCGGACGGCAUCACUCCGCGAUUCAAUUCAAGUCAUGAUCGGCGUCUCGCGCCUCGUUUCAGUUCUCCAGACGACGAUACCAGCCAUCCAACGCGCGACAGAUCGAUGGCAGGAACUCUGGCAGGAAUCUGUACCCCAACCCGUUACCAUUCGCACAUGUCCGUAUCUACUCAAUUCUGCCACCUUCACUGCAACCGCUGGUACGAUUGCGGUUCCCUCCUUGACGGGUUAUCCAGGCGCCCCGAAUGCCAACUGCCGGUCAGAAAGUCGAGAGCCAAGAACAACGUUUCAAGACGAUUUCUUCCUGGUCUGGGACUGGCAUGCAUCUCAGGGACAGCCCGAAGAGUACGAAAACUUCAGAGCUAGCCGGGACCUCCCUGAUCAAAAGACCCAGUCACAAAGAGACCUCGAUAGAGCCACGAGAUGGUGGAUGAUGGGACGGAUGUUUGAGGCCGCCGAAAGAGGCAAAGCGGGGGCAAUGAAGCUGCAGAAGUCAGUAGAAAUUGAUCUGCUGCUUGAAGACAGUGGCGGCUGGGUGUCGCUGCUAUUUGCGGCGGGGAAGGGGUAUAAGGAGGUUGUGCGGUACCUCCUCGACAAAGGUGCGGCCGUUGACGUGGUGGAUGGUGAUGGCCAGACAUCGUUGUCGCUGGCUGCCUCGGCUGGGCAUGAGGCAGUUGUACAGCAGCUCCUUGAUAACGGCGCGGACGUUGAUGUGACAUCUUCGUGGCUACAACACCACAACGCGAGCAAUAGCCCGUAG